CCUGGGCUAGAGAGUGGGUUCCAGGGUGGCCAGGACUACACAGAGAAGUCCUGUCUCAAAAAACAAAAGAAUGAAAAUACAAACAAAAACAAAAGGCUUAUCUGAUAGUACCUGAGGCAGUUAGAUAUGGAGGCGCCUGAAGGAGAGGGAUGAAAGCCUUGGAGAUGUGUGCCUGAGCAGCUGGGAUGCAGGUCUGGGGAUGAACAUGUUAAGAGGUAUAACACAGAGUGAUGUCAUGCGUGAAGGCAAGGUCAGCCUGGGCUACCACAGUCAAUUUGAAGUCAGCCUAGGCUCAAAAUCCCAUCAAAAUAAUAAAAAAAAAAAAAUUAAAACGGGGUGGGGGAGUUAUUAAAAAGACAAUUUGGAGUUCAGGUACACAGAGCCUGCAGGAGGUGGCAGAAGCAGGGAGGGAGGUCUGCUGGGAACAGCACACAGAUAUUCAGCAAACCGGAGUCCCACAUCCUUCGGGCCUGCAGCCAAGCUGCCUAGUCCCCCAGGGGAUCCAAGAAACAUAUGACACCAAAGCAGCCACUGGGCCUCCUGGGGAAGGGACCCCUUCUGUCACAGCAGCAGCUGCUGCUGUUGCUGGUGACAUUUCACUGGGUCCUGGCUUCAAAGUCUCUGCGGGGACUGGGAAGGUGGGGGGUUGAAGUAUUGAGGCCAGUAUUGAGAGAGCCAGAGUGGGGUAGCUGAGGCUGGAGCAGGCAGCCAAGCCUGUUCGGGAGUCUUCAGCUGAGGUAGCUGAACGUGGGAGACCCAGGAGGAGCUGCAGAAGCUUGGAAACUCAGGCUUGCAGAGCACUGCUCACCUUCUCCCAGAUGUCCAGCAAGGUGGCCACUGGCAGUGACAUCGGACAGGCCCGCCGGGCAGUGGAGCAGCUACGGAUGGAGGCAGGCAUCAACCGCAUAAAGGUGUCUAAGGCAGCCACAGAUCUGCUGCAGUUCUGCACGGAGCAGGCCAAGAGCGACCCCUUCCUUGUGGGCAUCCCCGCUGCCACCAACCCCUUCAAGGAAAAGAAGCCUUGUGCUAUCCUAUGAACCCACAAUAAUGCUACCCCUAUGAGCCUGGAUACCACGGCAAGGCCUCAAUAAACAUGACUGCU